CUUCCCGCCGGCCCGGCGCUCGCAGCCGCGCCGUUAAAAGAGCAGGCAAGAUGGCUGAGCUGGGCGGCAAGGGGGUCACCGCGGGCAAGAUCGCCAGCAACGUCCAGAAGAAGCUCACGCGGGCGCAGGAGAAGGUCCUUCAGAAGCUUGGGAAAGCAGAUGAAACGAAAGAUGAGCAGUUUGAACAGUGUGUGCAAAACUUCAACAAACAGCUGUCAGAAGGCACAAGGCUGCAGAAGGACCUCCGAACUUACUUGGCUUCCGUAAAAGCCAUGCACGAGGCCUCCAAGAAGCUGACGGAGUGUUUGCAGGAAGUUUAUGAGCCAGACUGGCCUGGGAGAGAUGACACGAAUAAAAUAGCAGAGAACAAUGACCUCCUCUGGACGGAUUUCCAUCAGAAGCUGGUGGAUCAGGCGCUUCUGACCAUGGAUACAUACCUUGGCCAGUUCCCAGACAUUAAAUCUCGUAUAGCGAAGCGAGGAAGAAAGCUUGUGGAUUACGACAGCGCCAGACACCAUUUUGAGGCCCUGCAAACUGCAAAGAAGAAGGAUGAAACCAAAAUUGCAAAGGCUGAAGAAGAGUUAGUAAAGGCUCAGAAGGUGUUUGAAGAGAUGAACGUUGACCUGCAGGAGGAGCUGCCUUCGCUAUGGAAUAGUCGUGUUGGUUUCUACGUCAACACAUUCCAGAGUAUAGCGGGCCUAGAAGAGAACUUCCAUAAAGAAAUGAGCAAGUUGAACCAAAACCUCCAUGAUGUCCUGCUGGGUCUAGACAAGCAGUACUCGGGCAAUGCCUUCCCUGUUAAAGCGCAACCCAGAAAGAAAACUAAACUGUUCGCCAGGCUGAGGAAAAAGAUGAGCAGGUACCGUGAUAGCACCCCAGGGAAAGCAAAUAAAAGCCCCUCGCCUCCGCCAGAUGGAUCUCCCAUCACCAGCCCUGAGACCAAGACUGUCAACCAUGAGCUGGAGCCGUCCUCUUUGGAAGCACCUGGGGCAAGCAUCCCAAAGUCACCAUCUCAGCUGAGGAAAGGGCCUCCGGUGCCUCCGCCUCCAAAAGUCACCCCCUCCAAGGAGAUCAAGCAGGAGAACAUCAUCAGUCUGUUUGAUGACAAUUUUGUCCCUGAGAUAAGUGUGACAACCCCUUCGCAGUUUGAUGCCCCUGGGCCCUUCCAGGAGGGAGCCAGCCUGUUGGAUCUGGAUUUUGAUCCCAUUAAACCAGAUGCCACUGUGGGGAAGACCCCCACGCCUGCCUCCCAGCCUGCAGAAGCAGCUCAUGCAGGUGCUGAAGCAGCUGGAUCAGAAGCAGCAGCUGGAGCUGAAGCAUCUAAAACUGAAGCCGAUUCAGGAUCUGCCUCGAGCUCUCUGCCUGCUGUUGUUGUGGAAACUUUCCCUGCUACAGUCAAUGGCACCGUGGAAGGAGCAGCUUCCUCUGAAAGAGCUGACAUGCCCCCAGGGUUUCUUUUCAAGGUCCAGGCCAUGCAUGAUUACACAGCCACUGACAGUGAUGAGCUGCAGCUGAAGGCUGGGGAUGUUGUGCUUGUGAUUCCAUUUGAGAACCCUGAGGACCAGCUGGAUGUGGGUGCAACAGCCAUGAACUCAAGACUCUCCAAGCUGCAGAGGGAUGAAGGAUGGCUGAUGGGCGUGAAGGAGUCUGACUGGAUCCAGCAUAAGGAACUUGACCAAUGCCGAGGGGUUUUCCCAGAAAAUUUCACAGAGCGGGUGCAGUGAAAGCCUGAGCCCACCAGCUGCGAGAGCAAGUGUUCCAGUAGAUUUUUGAAAAAGAACAGCAAAAUGAAAGGAUGAGAAUUUUAAAGGAACAGAAGCCUAAAAAAGUGUCAACUCAAAGGGUGUGUUCUUCUCAAAGGGCAAGGUUUUAGAAGUAAAUUGAAAUUCAAAGUAUUAUUAAAAUACAUACAUAUUAAUAAUAAGUCAAAUACUCUCUUCCACUUUGAUUUAACAGCGUUUGAAUUCAGCAAAUUGAUACAGAAGCAACUCAGUGUGGUUCUGUAAACACUGCAUUGCCUAAAUUGGUGAGAUGUCAGUCUGAUCCCUAGAAAGGCAAUAUUUGUCUAAUGACUUGAGAGUAGAAGCUCCAUUUGCUCUUGGGUGGGUUCAUCUGUUUUGUCUUGAAGGUGGCUUGCAUGGCAACCGUAAAAACUCAGCCUUCCCCAUGUGUUCAAUUUACAGUAGGCCAAAAUAUCUGUUACGCUGUUCAAAAGAAAUAUUUAGUGUAUAGUUUUCACCAAUACAAUGUAUGUGUGUGUGGGUGCGCGUGUGUUUUAUUUUCUUUCUUUAAAACAGUGUUACGCAGACUGUGAUUUUAUACGUUUAAAGAAAAAAGAAGCUAUGUGGGAAGGGCAUGGAGGAGAUGAAAUGCAUGAAGCUGUGCUAAGUCUAGAGUUUUUCCAAAUGCAGAAACUGAAAUUUUCAAAGUAGUAUUGACCUGUGAAAUGCUAAGAGGAGUGACAAAUUGAAGAGGAGAAACAAGACAAAACAAGCAGAUGCUGAAACUUCAGAUGGUUCUGAAAUUUAGGAGAGGGAAUCCCCUGCCCCUUAACCCCUAUAAACAGAUUCAGAAAAGCUUAGAUGGAGGAUAGCUAUCAAAUCUGGCUGGUUAAAUAUUGUACCCUUAAGGAAAAGGGAUAAUGUAAGAAAUUUUUUUCCCUUGAAAGGCUAUAUAAGAAAAAACACUGAGGAAAAAACCAA